CCAAAAUCGCCUGUCAGUUUAGCGUUGCCAACCGUUCCUAACCUCUCGUUUCAUAAAAAAAAGUGAAAAAAUUGUUGCAGAAAAACCGUAUUGCUCGUACACGAUGACUUCAGCGCAAAAGGCUAUUAAAAAGGUGUUUUUGGACAGUGAUGUGUUUACGGCAUGUCUCCACCACUGUCUCACGUCUGAAAAGGAAGAGGUUUUGGGGCUGCUCAUCGGAAAGGUGGACGAAGCGAGCUUUUGUCACGUAUUGGCUUCCAUAGUUAUGCACCGGAGCGACAAGCAGCCUGACCGGGUUGAAAUAUCUGCGCCACAAUUGUGCAUUGCCACCGCAUACGCAGAUAAGUUGAGUGUGGUCUUAGGCGAGUCGGUGAGAGUGAUUGGGUGGUACCAUUCCCAUCCGCACAUCACUGUGUGGCCGAGCCAUGUCGAUGUGAACACACAAUUUACCUAUCAGAUGUUGGAUUCAUUCGUGGGGUUAAUAUUCGCAGUAUAUCAAAAUGACCCCGGUUCCGCGGGGAAUACAGUCCAACUGACCUGUUUCCAAUCGGUUGAAGACCCCACACACCCCGGACGCGUGGUGAGGAAAGACAUAGAGUUACAAAUUGUAAACAAACCGAUGAAGCUGUUUAACUUGAAAGCUAUCGUGGAUUUGCCGACAAUAUUGUCGCAAGAAGAGACCCACCCGGAAAGACCCGACCAGGCGGAUGUCAACGAUCCUUUGACAUUUCUGUUCAAUGAAGCCCUAGAGACGCUCACUUUAGUCCAUAUAGCGUCAAGAGUGGCAAUGCCGCUUCUAGAGGGUCUCGAAGCGAGAUUGCAAUCAGCUAAAGCGCGCCUUGCGGAAUUAGAGAGAUCUCUACCACCGUCGCGUCCCCCUCCACAAUAAUUCAAACUGUACCAUUUUCAUUAUACAUAUUCUUACAAA